ACUUGCAAAGGCGGACAAAUUUGAAAGUCGACUUGCAAAUUUCAUUCCCUCUGAUAGCUGCUGAAGUUGAACCAUAUCCUUCCUUGUCCCAUCACCAUUGCAGAACACUUUCAACCUAAUUCCAAUCCCAAGCGAGAAAAAAUGGCUGAUGCUGCUGUUAGUGCUACUAUUCAGGUUGCAUUGCAGACGGUGGUUUCCCUUGCCGCUGACCAUGUUAAUCUGGUUCGUGAAUUCCCAAAGGAGCUGGAGCGACUCAACGAAUCUGCUGAAAUGAUCCGAGGUUUCUUGGCUGGUGCUGACGAGGAAAUGCAUAGCCCAGUGGUGCAAAAUUGGCUCAGGCGGCUGGAAGAAGAGGUUUUCAAAGCAGACAAUGUGCUGGACGAGCUCAACUAUGAAAUUCUUCGUCGGAGGGUGAAGUAUCAAGAUCAACCCAUGCAAAAAAAGGUAUUCUUCUGCUUUUCAUUCUUUAAUAAAAUUGGUUUUCGUUGGAGGUUGGGUUCCAUGAUCAGGGAGAUCAACACGAACCUUGAAAGGAUCCAUCAGAAUGCCGAACGUUUGGGACUGCCCUACAAGCUCCAAGUUGAAGAAGCAUUCCCUACUAUUGCUGCUGGAGCCGCGACAAGCCGACAGACCGACUCUACUAUUGUUCGAAGUGAUGUCCUGGGAAGAGACAAGGAUGAAUCAGAAAUAGUUAAUAAGUUGUUGGCCGAAUCUGAAAGUGUUAUUUCAGUUAUUUCCAUAACUGGCAUGGGUGGAUUAGGCAAAACAACUCUAGCCAAAGCCAUUUACAAAAAUGAACAAAUUGUUGGACAUUUUGACCAAACAAUGUGGGUUUGUGUGGCCGAAGAAGUAGAUAAAAUCGAGGAGGUCUCAAAAUGAUUCUAAAAUCGAUAACAGAUGAAGAGAUUGAAGGGGAUCGUAGGGAGGAAAUAGUUAAAAAAAUUCAGCAUGAACUCAAGGAAAAAAGAUAUUUCCUUGUUCUUGAUGAUUUAUGGAAUGAUCAAGAAGUAUUGUUGGAUGACUUUUUCAGCACUUUGGCGGGACUCAAUGCGAAGAAAGGGAGCUGGUGUCUUGUUACUUCACGGCUGCAAGAAGUGGAAACUAUUCUGUCUAGACAUCCGCAGAUCAAUUUUACUCGCCAUGAGCUGGGAAAGCUAUGCGCUAAUGAUUGCUGGUCUAUCAUGAAAAAAUGGGCAAAUGUAGGGGAAGAAGUACCAAAAGAAUUGGAAGACAUGAGGGAGCAAGUUUUAAGAAGAUGUGAUGGUCUACCUCUGGCAGCAAAGUUAAUUGGAGGUUUGUUAUCUAAAAAGAGAAAAGAGGAGUGGCUAUCUAUUUUGGAGGAGAGUCUCUUGAAUGGCAAUCAAGGUGGGAUCGAGCAAAUAAUUAAGGUGAGUUUUGAUCAUCUGUCACCUGCACCGGUUAAGAAAUGUUUUGCAUACUGCUCAAUUUUUGAUCAAGAUACUAAAUUGGAACAAGAUCUACUAGUUUGAGCUUUGGAUGGCUGAAGGCUUUCUUCAACCGGAUUCCCAAAAUGAAAGAACGAUGGAGAAAAUAGGAUAUGAGUAUUUGAGAACUUUGCUGCAAACUUCCUUAUUGGAAGAAGUAAAAUGGGGGUGGAGAAAAUGGUAUAAAAUGCAUGACCUUGUGCAUGAUUUUGCAAAAUUAAUUUUGAAUCGUAACAGCAGCAAUCAGGAACGUUACCUUGCAGUAUACUCAACCGUAAGAGAAACCAUCAAUGAAAGAUCAUCAGCAUCACUUCGCACACUAUUUCUGAAGGGUGGCAUAGCUGAUGAUAUGUUGUCAAAGUUCAAAUACUUGCAUGUCCUAAAAUUGUUUGGAGCAGAUGUCAAAGAGUUGCCUACCUCCAUUGGCAAACUAAUACAUUUACACUUACUUGACAUUUCAGGUUCUUGGAUUAGAACUUUGCCAGAAUCUCUUUGCGAACUUUAUAGUUUGCAAACACUGAGAACUGGCAAGCUUGAAGAAGGUUUUCCAAAGGAGAUGAGCAAUUUGAUUAGCAUGAGACAUCUUCACUAUGAUCAUGCUGGUACAAGACGUGAAAUCCAAAUGCCAUCCGGGAUUGGACGAUGGACUUGUCUUCAAACGUUAGAGUUCUUUAACAUUGGUCGUCAAGAGGAAGGUCGUGGCAUCCAGGAGCUUGGGACCUUGCAAGAUCUUAAAGGCUCCUUGGAGAUCAGAAAUCUUGAAUUAGUAAAUGGCAAAGCUGAUGCUGAACUAGCGAACCUAUCUAAAAAGCCAAAUCUGUAUCGGUUGGUAUUUGAGUGGGGCAAUAGGGAUCGGGAAAGUAAUAAAUGCGAUGAAGAUGUGUUGGAAGGCCUCCAACCUCACCCAAAUUUAAAAGAGUUACAAAUUUUGAAGUUCAUGGGUGAUCAGUUCCCACAAUGGUUCAUGAAUUUGACAUCACUGGUGGAGUUGCGGGUGGAGGAUUGCACAAGAUGCAGAGAACUCCCCACCCUAGGACAGCUGCCAUUCCUCAAGCGCCUCUAUCUGUGUCGAUUGCAAAACAUAAGAAGCAUUGGGCUUUCAUUCUACAGUACAAGUGCUGAGGAGGACGGCGGUUCAGGAGGUUCAAGCACUAUUAGCAGACAAACAUUCUUUCCAGCCCUUAAAAAACUCUCUCUUAAAGGCAUGAAAAAUUUGGAAGAGUGGAAGGAUGCACCCGAAAUGAUGUCAACCGCAGGUGAAGUACAUGUGAUGGAUGUGUUUCCCGUGCUUGAAAAGUUGUCUAUUAGUGACUGCCCCAGCUGACCACGAUUCCAACUGCAAGUCGCUUCCCAAGUCUUGAUGUAUUGAAAAUAAAAAGGAAUUGCCAUGUUCUGCGGGCAGAAAAGGUUUUGAGCAAUAUAGCCAAUCUCUCGUCCCUUGAACUAAGGGGUGGUAGUCGUCAACGCAUUGAGUCUCUAAAAUUAGUGAAACGACCAGAGAGCAGCUUGAGUAUUUAUGGCUGUGACAGUCUAUCCACUGACAUGCUUGAGCGACUCUGUCUUUUUCCAACUCUUCAGAGUGUAGAAUUGUGGUCUGCCGAUAAUAUAACAACAUUAAGAGGAAUGAGUUGCGCCGCUUGUCUUAAGAGAUUGGCAGUCUUUUACUGUGAUAAUUUACAGGAGUUGCCAGAAGAUUUUUAUCAAUUUCAAGCUUUAGAGCACUUGGAGAUACUCUGUUGCAAGAGAAUUGAUUCAUUUGGAUAUCCAAAUCCUAAAAAUUCAUUUGGACAGAAAGGCCUCCUUAAGUCUCUUGAGCAAUUUACUGUCGAUGGGUGCGAUGCAUUAACAAGAUUACCAGCGGAGAUGUUCGAGUCGUGUACGUCUCUCCGAAAGCUGAAGUUGUCCGAUUGCUGGAGUCUGGUCUCCUUUCCCCUUGAUUUGCGACAAACCCCUUCUCUCGAGAGCUUCCGGUUACGGGGGUGUCCCAACUUGAUUGCUGAGUUGCCUAGUGGAUUUGGCUAUCUUACCAGCUUAAGGAAAGUGACGAUUGGUCCUUCUCAGAUGACUCUGUAAUCGAAUUUGAUUGGGCUGGAUUAGCAUCUUCAUCAUCACUCCGACACGUGUCUUUACUUGGAACGCCUGAAUUGAAAUCUCUGCCACAUCAGCUUCAAGACUUGACUACCAUCACAUCACUAUCUCUAAAACACUUCGGAGCAAUCGAAGCCUUACCAGAUUGGCUUGGGAACCUUGCGUCUCUUGAUGAGCUAAUCCUAUUCGGUUGCGAAAAGCUUGAAUAUUUACCCUCCAUAGAUGCCAUGGAACGCCUCAAAUUAAGACGUCUGGAAAUUCGUUUUUGUCCUCUAUUAGAACGAAGAUGCACUCCUCAAAGCAGCUCCGAGUGGCCCAAGAUCUCUAAUAUUCCAGAGCGUAGAAUUAUUGUUCCGGCCACAAGUGUCAGUGAAGCAGCAAGCAGUGAUAGCGCCGAAACAUUGUGAAAGGCUCAAAAGUGUGCUCCAGGCAGAGUCAGCCUGGAACCUCUAGAGCAUCUUAUUUCACUUUUCGCAUUCUCCAACCGCAACAUCAGGCUGUGGUUUCCAAUCAUUUUUGAAGAAAGAUGAGGAGGUAUGUGGUUUGGAAAUUUCUCCACCCAACUUACUAGAAGUACAAGGGAAUUGGUCCAAGUUUGCAAGUAUGUUUGAGACAUGGAAUUGUGCCUAAAUACAGAAUUUGUUUAGGAAGCAGAGUACGUGUUUUUUGGACAAAGAACACCAACGUUCCCGUGUUGUUCUUAUGAGAAUGUCAAGAGGGAGGAGUUAUUUUCACUUAUCAGUCAGUUUUUGAAGAUGGAAGGUAGUUAUCUGUGAUUUUUCCCACUAGAAUGCCAUAUAUUGCUCAGAAUGUGGAAAUGAAGCAUGCUGAAAACAGAGUGGCUUGUGCCAGGCUUGUAGAAAGUAGUAUGGAUUGAGAAGAAUUAGAGAAGAGCAUGGUAGCUGGUACUGGAGAGCUAUCAAGGUACAAGACUUGCUUGAAGAAAACUGGACGUGCUAAUACUUUAGUUUCAGAGGUAACAAGAUUUGAUGGAAAGAAGUUAGACAUUGUAGACAGCAUUGGUGAUCGUUUGGAUGACAUAAACGAAGCAUGCGAUUGCAGUGUCAGUCGUUCAUUUGGAUGGAAAUAGUUCAAAGUUUUGGUGCUGCAAUUGCAGUAGCAAGAAUUUCUACAUCCUCGUUCAAAGGUUCCCGCCAGAUCUUGCAAGGCCUUUGUAAAUUGGACAAUAGGUUAUACCUUUCCACUCAAGAACAAGAGAGACUCAUUAUACAACUGUGCUAACAGUUAGUCAUUCCAGGAAGUAGAUAUCAUCUUGUUGGAAAAAGAACAACAUGGUUCCCUGUCGUUUUUUUGUGAGAAUGUCAAAAGGAAGAAAUUAAUGUCACUGAGCAGGAAGGUUUUGCAGAUGAAGAUGGUUACCAAUUACAGUUAUUUUGCUCAUUAAUUUGCACUAGCAUUGAUGGAGGCUUCUCAAACACCAUGUAGAAAAACUGAAAAUGUUAUGUUUUGUAGUGCCCGAAUGCAGAAAAGAAGGUAAUUAUUUGACUAAACUUUUUGUUAGCCUGUUUCGAUUUUUUUUUCUUUAUCUAUCUACUGGAAAUGUAAUUUGGUUUAGAAGAAGAGAAGAUUUGGUAAUGGAAGCUAGAUGUUGAAGAUAGCAGUAACAGUCAUUCGGAAAGCAAAAGCAAAGCAUGUAGUGGGAUGGAAGAAAUUCAAAGAUUAUGUGCUGCAAGAAUAUGUAUUCACAUGCAAGGGUUUCUAAGUCCUCGUUCAAAGGUUCAAGGAAGCACUACCGCUAGAUCAUGCAAUGCCUUUCUCAAUUGGACAAUGGACUAUACCUUUCCACCCAAAAAUAAGAGAGAUUCAUGAUACACUUGUGCUAACAGUUGAUUAUUCCGGGUGUCCAACCUAGUUAGGUGUUGAAUUUGUCAAGGAAGCAGCAGCUUUCGAGUUAAAGUGUAUGAAUGCAGUCUCGAUGAAUUACAGGUUUCUUCUGAUCUGAUUUGCUUGAGACAAGGGAAAGCAUAUGAAGGAACCAUUUAGCUGGCAUGGCUGAGACCUGUAGCCAAUUUGGUUGAUCUUGGUUCCAGUUUAAGCUGUCUGGAUUGCUCUUUGUCAAUCUCAUGAAUAUGGAUCUCAUAUCAAUGGAAGCAUUGAAAGUAUGAAGAUGAGAAGGCAAGAAUACCGGUAGCUAGCUGUUGGAUUGUAGGCAUGUAAAAAAUCUUAACUAUACUAAAAUUGUCACCCAAAUAGCUGGCUAGAAGGCAUAUAUUACUCUAGCUUGGCCUACAGAGAGAUAAGAUUUGAGGUUUUAAUGUGAUCUAGAGCUUUUAGCUUUUGAAAUA